AUAAUUGCCAGGCUAAAGCCCUUGUGUAUAUUUAAGGCUGAGAUGGCUGGAUUCUUGAUCAGUAAGGGAAUCCAGGGUUCCGGGGAAAGGGCAGGGAAACGGACAUGAGAAAUGUCAAGCCCAGCCAUGAUCCUGUUGCAUAGUGGGGCAAGCUGGAGGGGCCAAACGGCCUGCUCCUGUUCCUAUUUCUUAGAAGAUGGUUGGAGUUCACAGCGGGCUAAGGAGUGGGUCUGGUUUGGAGCAGGGGAACAGGGGUUGUUGGGCCUAAGAGAGGAAGGGUUGUGUGUGGUCUGGGCGGAGGUGUCGUUAGCGGUGAGAGAGGUCACUAUGAGGUCUGUUCGAUAGUUACUCAUGAGUGAGACGAUGCCUAACUUUUCCCGAGUUCCUGUUUUACUUAGUCCGCCCCGAAUUCUCGGAGUUAAAAUGAGACUUCCAGCGGGUUCCAGUCGUGAAGGAUCUAACUGCCCAGCGGUAUCUUCAAUUUCCCGGGUAAUUCCUCGAGAGUUUGCAAGGCUGCUUCUGCUCCCCUCCACACGCUGGAAGAACGGCGGCCCGGCCAGCGGAAAAUCCCGGCGUGGGCUUUCCGCCGGUGUGUAUGUGCGCGCUUCGAAAGUCGGGCGCAGGUGGAGUGAAGAGAGUAAGCGGGGGAGAAGUUAUUAUCUUCUGUCACCACGUUCAAACCCUCUGGAAAAGUGUCUCUUUCAAAGUGACGAGUUAAUUUAAAAAAUAACAGUUGGCGUCUUCAAGUGAAAAGAAAAUGGAAAUUUGGCAGGAGCUGCCCACAGUAAUAAGUCUUCGCACGCUGAUAAUCAGCUGGAGGCGGAUUGCCCAGAAUCACAAGGUACGCACUGCGUGAUUAUUUCUCCCUCGUUGGCUGUGAGGAGGAAGCAGCGGCUGGGAAUCCGAGAGUUCGAGUCUGCUCGGAGUAAACCCGACUGCAGACACAGACCUAGCGCACCGUGAACUCUCAGCUCUUGGUUAUCAGGAAAGCCACCCCCGAUGGAUACCGAGGCGGAGGGAGAUGCAGGAAAAGGAGUGUUUGCAGUUGGAUUAUGAAUAAAGAAAUUUCUAGUUGGAAUGGAGACAAGAUUGUUGGAAAGGAGAGGCUAGGAGUAGGAUAUCAGAGGAUACGAAACGGGGAAGAAAACAUUGAUUUUAAAACACUUCGGGCAAAAUUUCAAAAGUCUGACAUAAUAAGGAUCAAGUCCAGUGGUAAACAACCUUUACAGACUUCUGAGGCACCUGGAGUGGCUUGUCCGAAAACAGCGCUGAAUGUAACCAACAUUAACAUUUUUGAGACAGUUCCUCUUCACGAUGCUGCUGUUCAACAAACUAGUGCACAAUCUCCUCCUCCACCUGUUCCUCUGGUAAAACCAACAGUAGUUCCAAAGCCUGUACUUUUGAAAUUGCCUGACUGGACAGACCCCAGUGAUCCAGAUAGAAGUGGAAGAAAACCAGAAGAUCUUACUAGCUGUAAAGGGGCAUCAUUGAGGAUUAGUUCAAACAAUCUUCAAAAAUCUGAAAAUCAAACUUCAGAAUCCAGACUUUCAAAAGAUAAUGUAGUAAAUGACCAACUGAAUACAAUCUCAUUUAAAGAAAAAUUAAACAUUUGGGAGAAUUCUUUACAUUGCAAUAGUGCACCAGUUGAAAAGAUAAAAUGUGAUACACUUCCUCCUUCACUGUUAAAUUCAGGAGCAAUUUCUUACUUUUCUCCUAAGGCAAUAUGUCGUGCUGAUCCACUUUCCAGGACAAUUUCUGUUUCACAAAAUAGAAAGGGAGAUCGAAGUAUGGAUCCAGAGAUACAGGUGUCUGGUGCAAGGAAAGACAUGACCCAGUCUAUGCUCAUCCAAAGUAACGACACUUCUCAAUCAAUUGAUAACUGUAGAAUUAUUGUUCCAAUUCUUCCACCAAAAAUGUAUCUUCCUUGCCCACAAGUUAAUCAGAAAGGGUUGAAACUAGAUGACAACACUGUAGAAUCAGAGAUGUCUUCAAGGUUGCCAUUGGAUUCAAAUAACCAUCGAGAACCAAAGCUGCCAAUGGAUCAGGGGGUAGGAAACGCUCAUGAGAAAGAUUACCAACAUACGUUCCUGCGACGCAGGGAGUUGCCAUCUAUUGAAGUAUUGGGACCUCCUCCAGUGAAACCACCCAGACCGUUCAACGUAUACUUUGGCGCAUUACAGAAGAUCAAAAUGGCCAGUUGUAGUCCAACUAAAUUAUCUAAGAAGAAUGGCAUCUCUUCGUCAUCGAUAUCAUACACAGAUGAAUAUAAAAUUUUAAACACUGUAAGUCGUAUACACGAAGAAACCAAUAAGAAAAAGGAGCAGCAGCACCAGGAAGUUGAGCAGAAAAAUGUAUUGCAAAUCAGAAAAAUGAAAGGGAAACAUCAGGACCAAGUUAAGGAAUAUGAAAGUAAAGAAAUAAGAGAAAAAGAAAUAAGAGAAAAAGAACUACAGAGGAAAUUCAAUCUCACAGGCCUGGAGGUUCCUAUAUAUAAAGUUCAAGUGCAGCAGCUUUUAAAGGGAGGAAAACUGGACCUCACUGUGAAACCGGGUGAAGUAGUGGAAAUUAUCCGUAUGGUUGAUUGUCCUACUGGAAAGUGGCUAGCCAGAACUCAUGAUGGGAAUUAUGGUUACAUCCAGAUUGAAGCUGUGAAAAUGGAUAAUGCCGAAAUUAAGGAAAUUAGUAAAAGAAUUUUGAAACAACCAGAGACAUUUGAGGAAAUAUACGAUGACGUUGGUCUUCCUGAAAUAACUCCUGAACUGUGUUCCACAUCACCACUUCAAAAUGUUGACUCUGGGCAAUCCACUGAAGCAAUGGAUACCAAAAAGGAAUCUGAAAAAAGAAACAGUGGAAAUAAGGUAAACCCCCUCACAAAAAUCUUACAAAAAGGAAAAGAAAAGAAAAGAAUGGGACAUGAAAGUUCCUCGUAUAUCCUGCAACCUGAAUUAGGACCUGUAUCCCCUGCUUAUGACAACUCAAGCAAUUUGUCAGGAAGUCAAAAAUUGAGCAGUUCAAAGAACUAUUUUGUGGAUGAAGAGCCAUUAGAUGGACAAGUGUAUGACGAUGCAGAAUCCUGUAACUCAGAGUCUCUUAAAAAAGACCGAAUGAAGGAAUUGGGAAAACUGUUCAAGAAGGAGAUUGGUGAUGGAGAAAGGGAGAAGAAGGUAAAAAUAAGAAAAGAUAAAGAACAAGAUCAGCUCAGUGCAAAUUCAAGAUCACAAUCUACUUUAUCUAUAACUAAUUCAGAAAGCAGUGCAAGCGGUGUGUAUGAAGAUCUUAACAGUGUGAAGGAAUAUGGUGAUUUUGAAGACAGAACUUCAAAAUCCGAUCCAAAUAAAAAUGGUUGGGCAAAUAUCUUCAGGAAACGUGAAGAAAAUGUAAAGAGAACCGAAGAAAUUAACACAAAGGUACAAGAAGCUGAAAGAGUGGAUGGCAAUAAUGAGGAUGGCCCCGUUUCAGAUUUUAAGGCAACCAGAGAGAAGGUGAAAGGAAUAUUUAAAGGGAAGAGAAAAGAUCCAAAUGAAGAAAAAGAGACAAAAGUGAAUAAAAAGAAAAUGCUAAAAGAGCAAGAAUUUAGAGAAAAGUUUAACUAUACUAAGGAGAUAGUUGUGGAAAACAUUGCAGUUGUGGAGCAGAAUGCUGUACAGGAGAAGAAAGGAUCCCUAUACUUACCCAUAAAAGCUGGAGAGAAGCUGGAAGUAAUCGAUAUUGGAGAAGGAAACCAAAUUAUCUGUCGAAACUCAGAAGGCAAAUAUGGUUAUGUUCAUGUACGGCAUUUAAUAUUUGGAAACCAGAAUUAACAGGAAUGCUUCAGAAGGAAAUGAACAGAAGUCAUUAUUUUGAAAAUUGAUUUAUGAAAGAAUUUCUGUAUAUACUAUAUUUAUAGCAAUCACUUUAAUCCAGUCAUUUCAACAGCACAUCAAAAUGCCUCUCUAUUGCAAUGUAAGAUAUUGAAAGAAAAAACACUGAAUUCCAGAAGGAUUAUUUUUUAAAAAGCUGGCAAGAUACGGCAGAUAGUUAUCAAUCUGAUGACACUAUCUGAGCAAGAGGCACAUUAAUGGGUAUUUGAAUCCAAAAAAAAACACAUUUGACUGAGUAAAAUGAAUAAAAUAUAAAACAAAGUGCGCUGAUAACUUUGGUUGACAGGUUUGUGUUGCAAUUUAAAAUGACAGGGCUACUUGAGACGUUUGCUAGCCCAACAAGAAAAUAACCAUCAUAGGUUUUCUUCUUGCUGUUGAAUUUUACCUGUCCACAUUAUGGUGGGAAACUAGUUUUUUUUUUAAGAUGUGCUGCUAUUUACAUAAUGAAAUUCACAAAGUACCAAGGUGAUUUGCAAUGACACAAGUAUCCUGUGAAUUGAAACCCAUCUAAGGGGGUUUGACAUUCUGAAUUUAACCUUACACACUAUUUAA